AUGGGUCGUGUUAAACUGCAGAUUAAGAGAAUAGAAAACAACACAAAUCGACAAGUCACAUUCUCUAAACGAAGAAAUGGACUCAUCAAAAAGGCUUAUGAGCUCUCAGUCCUCUGCGAUAUCGAUAUCGCCCUCAUUAUGUUCUCACACUCCGGUCGUCUCAGCCAUUUUUCCGGCAAGAGAAGAGUUGAAGAUGUACUAACGCGAUAUAUAAAUCUCCCAGAUCAUGAGAGAGGAGGAAUUCUGUUGAACGUGCAGUAUUUGAUCAGUACCCUUAAGAAGCUCAAGACAGAAAAUGACAUUGCUCUGCAACUUGCCAAUCCUGUGGCUGUUAACUCUAACGUGGAGGAACUCAACCAAGAAAUCAAUAAUUUACAGCAUCAGCUCCAGAUAGCAGAAGAACAAUUAAGAAUAUUUGAGCCUGACCCACUGGCCUUUACCUCAACUGGGGAACUUGAAUCUUGUGAGAAGAACCUGUUGGAGGCCUUGAAUCGAGUCACAGAAAGAAAAAAAUAUCUACUGAGUAACCAUUUAUCUACUUACGACCCAGCAAGUAUACAGGCGUACUUGGAUUCACAGGAGGGUUUACCAACCUCAUUUGAGAACGAGGUUAUGGGCUGGUUGCCGGAAAAUGGACACAACCAUACCCAAAUGUUUGGAUCUGACCCUUGUGUUCCUCUGAGGAACCAUCCAUCAACGAAUGUCUACGAUAAUCUGGGCCAUGGAACAAGUAUCAAUGUGGACCCAAUCAACAUGGGAGGAUGCCACAUCAGCAACUCGGGCUGUGAGGGCCUUCCACCGUGGCAUCAUUCAUACACCUCAACUGAACUCCUCUCAGCCCUCAUGCCUCAACCCUCAUACCCUCCUCCUAAGGUAAUAAACUGUUUUUGUUUUUGUUUUAAACUUAAAAUUGUUUGAUAUCCGCGUAAUAUCCACAUGUCAUGGCAGCAUGAGAUGGCACCGGGUUCAAUUAUCCCAACAAUGAUGCCACAUCAGCAAAUGGAAGCC